AAAUGUUUGAAUGAUAAGGAGUUGCCGGUUUGGUGAUAGUGGUUAUUACUCUUUUAUUCAAGUACUUUUAUGUCAUUGACUUCUAUUCUAAAAUCCCUUAAUUCGGGAAAUGAAUCCACCAAUCAGUUGGAGAUCUUGAAGUGAUGUCUUGGAGGUUAUUUAAGAAAAUACUAUUACCUGUAAUAAGAGUUAGAUAUUCUGAACAACUAUCCAUUUUUCCAAUAUGUAGAUACUCUUCAUCUAAUCUUUUAAUUAUAAAAAAGAUUGGUGUUAUCACAUGUAUUGGUCUUAAUAGACCAGAUUCGAAGAAUCGCUUUAGUGUAAAUCUAACGAAAAAGUUAAAAGAGGCUGUUGAGUCUUUUGAAGAAGAUGAACUUUCACCUGUUGCAGUGUUGUAUGGGGAGCGUGGAAAUUUUUCUUAUGGUUAUGAUGUAUCUGAAUUUCAUGAAAAUUCAAAGUAUUUUAAUGAAAUAGAAGAUAUUGCCUUGCUAGAAACCUUUACUUCCAAGCCUAUUGUUGCAGCAAUAAGUGGGUUUGCUGUUGGGCUUGCGUUUGAUAUAGCCCUUUGGUGUGAUUUCAGAAUUGUGGAAGAAACUGCUGUGAUGGGUGGUUAUGCCAGAAAAUUCGGUGUUCCUAUAUCUGAUGCUGUAGCAAAAAGGUUGUGCUACAAUCUAGGUGUGAAUAAAGCUCUGGAUCUCAUGUUAACUGGUCGAGUUUUAAAGUCAAAGGAAGCAUUGGAAUCGGGUAUUGCAACUAGAGUUGUAGCAUGUGGAACAGGUUUAGGUCAAGCUGUUAAUUUUGCAAAUUCAUUAGCUAACAUGCCGCAAGCUUGCCUUAAAGCAGACAGGGCAGCAAUACUUUCAUUUAGUAAAAAGUAUUCUACAGAACAUGUUAAAGAUAUCAUAAUGCAGAUAAAAUGUACACAGAAACAAAUUGCUUUGGAGGAAGCUGAAAAAGGUCUCUAUAUUACCGAGAGUGAAGACGUUAGAAAGAAGGAUAGUUAAAAAAAAAAACUUUACCAUUUACCUUUAGCUGUGGUUGAAGUUUCAGAAUCAUAAAAUCCUUGGAUACGCAGCUGAUAUAGCUGUCCUUGGAAGUAAUCAAGAAGACUUGAGCAACUCGCUACAACACUGGAUAAGAGAGGCAGAGCAGAUCGGUCUACAAGUAAAUGAAGAUAAAACAAAAUAUAUUCUAAUAAGCUGAAAAUUCCACCCCAAUAACAGGAUCUACGUAUAAGGAAAGUUUCUCGAAAGCAGACAAAUUCAAAUACCUCAACUCCACAAUAACCUCAAUGAAUGACCAACGGCAACGGGCAGAAAUAGACCAGUGUAUAACUAG